CUUCACUAGGUUAGCUGUUACUGCAACCUGCACUAACAUUCAUCCUCGGCACACUUUUCCCUUCCUCUUUGCAAGGGCAACUAACUACGUUUAACUGGGGAAAAAAAAAAAACCAGUAGGUGCUUUUCUGGAGCGAGACCAGUCAAGAGGAUACCAGUUACAGACUCAGUUCACAUCGAGGGAGCGUCGCUGCCACUGUUGCUAUGGACGACACAGCCGAGCAGAGCCACUGGAUCUCUCCGGUUCUAAUCGACCCGCUCCCCACCUUCCCCGAACAGAACCUCCUGCAGCCCGCGGAUGAGCCUGACUCCUUCUACACCAGUGGGGAGACAGACUUCUCCUCCCUGCCUCCCUACUACUCCAGCCCCGCCCAGAGCCGAGCAGGGGGCGGCUAUAGACACUCCCCGGUGCGGCAGGUUUAUUCCUCCUCAAUCCUCAACAACCUGCAGUGGCUGGAAGGCGGUGGUCAUGGCCUGGGUUCUCCCUACAACACAGGCUGGUCCGUGAGCCCCUUCGGCAAGCCCUCCCUCCACCCGCACUGCAGCCCUUCAGGAGGCCCUCUCUCCCUGUACCCCCCUUCCACCGGCCCCUCCUCCGCCCACCUCUACACCCAGCCCAAGGACGUGACCUCCUCCCCAGGCCGGGAUGGCAAGGCGAGCCCCAGACCUCUGGAGGCGAUGAAGGCCGAGCGACAUAGCCCUGGUGGAGGUGGAAGCAGUUUUCUGAGUCUGGGUUCUGGUCCCUCCCACUCCCACUCCCACCCCCACUCCAACUCCCUGGGACCCUACUCUCCCUACAUGAGCUCACCGCAGGAUUACGGAACCGGGGGUCUGUAUUCCAGCUCUGGGGGGCUUCUGUCUCCGAAUUUCUCUCCCAAACUGCGCAACAAAAUGAGACUCUCGCCACCUGCAGAUGCUGUAUGUAGGGUCCAUGCCUGGUCCUAUACUGACCUGCCCCCUUGUGUUGUGAGUGCAGAGGCGCGCGAGUGUGUGAAUUGUGGGGCGACAGCCACCCCUCUCUGGAGACGCGACGGGACGGGCCACUACCUCUGCAACGCCUGCGGGCUCUACCACAAGAUGAACGGGCAGAACAGACCCCUCAUCAGACCCAAAAAGAGACUGAUCGUGAGUAAACGUGCCGGGACCCAGUGUGCCAACUGCCACACGAGCACGACCACGCUGUGGAGGAGAAACUCCAGCGGGGAGCCUGUGUGCAACGCCUGCGGACUCUACUUCAAACUGCACAAUGUGAACAGACCCCUCACCAUGAAGAAGGACGGCAUCCAGACCCGAAACCGGAAGGUCUCCAGCAAGUCCAAGAAGAGCAAGAAGCCAUCUGAGCCGUACCAGGAUCUGGCGAGGGCUCUCUCUGACGAGAGUGGCCCCUACUGCCUGGGCCCCGGGCCCCUCCCCGGCCACAUGAUCCCCUUCAGCCACGCUCCUCACCUCAUGACCAGCUCCCACAGCCCCCUGCACCUGCACUCCUCCGGACUGCCCUACGGUCACUACCCCUCCUCUGGCAUGGUCCCCACCAUGGUGUGAUGGGCACACUUUUUUUAUGCUUUCCAAAGUGUGUGUGUUUGGGGGGGAGGGGGAAGGGGGGGUGUAACAGCUAUUUAAAAAUAAAUUGCUCAUAAUUUACGCUCUCGUAUGAUGGUGUAAAGCUGUGGUGCUCAGUUCUGUCCCACGAGAUUCAUUUCAGUCCUGUUUAUAAAGAAGUCUUAAAUGAGGCGGUGUGGUCUGGUGGUUAAAGAAAAGGGCUUGUAAUCAGGCGGUCCCUGGUUCAAAUCCCACCUCAGCCACUGACUCAUUGUGUGACUCUGAGCAAGUCACUUGACCUCCUUGUGCUCCGUCUUUCGGGUGAGACGUAGUUGUAAGUGACUCUGCAAGUCGCCGUGGAUAAAGGCAUCUGCUAAAUAAAUUAAUAAUGAAUUAAUUGGCUCUUAGCAGUUUCAAUGAUCUCAUUUAGAACCAGUUUUGGGUAAAAACCUCGCAGGGUCAGAAUUGAGUACCACUGAUGUAAUGGAUGUUUUUUUAUGAUUAUUUUUUUUUUAAAAUGAUCGUUCAUAUAUGAGAAAUCUGACUGAUCAGGAUCAGUCAGAAAUCAAGGAUGGCAAUAAGACUCCUGUUGCACAGCAGUUUCACCCGCUCCAGGUUUUACAGCUGUAGGGUAUAGGUAACAAGCUCAGGUGUGUCUGAUUAAACUCUUAAGUAAAACUAAGAGUGGCUCAGACGGCUGUGCAACGGGAGUUUUAUUCCCAGCCCUGAAACUCCUGUAUCCUGCGUGUAGAUGUCAUCUCCAUUCACAGCUCAUCAAACGCAUGCCUACCGAAUAGCCAGUUUGUACAUGCUGUAGCUUUCCCUGUUUUUGCUGGCAGCUUGGCUCUGAUACUGCGGGUCAAUUUUAAUAUUUUGGAUCAUCAAAAUAUCAAAAAACAUUUCUUUGUUUUAGUUUUUUCCUAAAUUGAAUGUGCGAGACAGAGAGGGGCUUGUAGAUAUAUAUAUUUUUUAGUAAUUAAUGAGCAUUGCAUUGGCCGUACUGAGCGGAAAACUGAUUGUAAAUAAAAAUAAAUAAAUGCAUUUCUUGAUCCAGCAUA